UAGAAUGAUAAACCCCUCUCAACGGGCGAAAAAAUAACACAAUUUGAGGGACCCAUAAUUUACCCUACAGACUGCUCGUCACGAUCGACCAAAAACAACAUUGCAGGGCCGCACCUCCCUGUCAGUUUGACUAGACAGCCGAGACUUCGACAUAGUAGUGCAACUGGCGCCUGACCACAACCAACUCUCGCAAAGUAUUGACAAUGGCCCGGUAAACGGUUAGUCCUGAAGGCAGCCAAUUAUCCUGCGUUCAUUAAAUCUCUCAAGGAUUGGCAUCGCCGUCUCGCUGUGACAAGCAAAGCGGAGCUUUCCUAGACUGAGACAGACAGCAUUUGAGGAGUUGGAGAGGGAGCAGUUGCCGACCCCGAACCAUGGCAGUGUCCCUUAUUCAGGCAUGCCGCAGUCUGGCUCUUUCGACGUGGCUGCUGUCCUUCUGUUUCGUCCAUUUGUUGUGCCUGGACUUCACGGUGGCGGAAAAAGAAGAAUGGUACACAGCAUUCGUAAACAUCACUUACCUGGACCCAGUGACUUCAGAAAUCAAAACGGAGAAGACCGAAUGUGGCCGUUACGGGGAGCAUUCCCCAAAGAAAGAAGCUCGUGGGUUUGUGUUGAUGCCGUCUCACGAGAGACGAGCGUGUGACCCGAACGUUAAAUUCCCGGUACCUGUCCACGGCGGUGCAUGGGUAGCCUUGAUUUCUGCAGGCAAUUGCACGUACCGGGAGAAAAUUCACAACGCCGCGAACCGCAACGCGUCUGCAGUGAUCAUUUAUAACCUGGGCUCCAGUAACGCCAACGACACCAUAACGAUGCCCCAUGCAGGUACGGGAGACGUGGUAGCCAUCAUGAUCCCGGAACCUAAAGGUCGCAAGGUCGCCGCCCUGCUGGAGCGUAACGUCACGGUAACCAUGCACAUCACCAUAGGAACACGUAACCUGCAGAAGUAUGUGAGCAGGACGUCGGUGGUGUUCGUGUCCAUCUCGUUCAUCGUGCUGAUGAUCAUCUCCCUCGCCUGGCUCGUCUUCUACUACAUCCAGAGGUUCAGAUACGCCAACGCCCGCGACCGCAACCAGAGGCGUCUGGGAGAUGCUGCUAAGAAGGCCAUCAGCAAGCUGCAGGUUCGGACUGUGAGGAAGGGAGAUCAGGAGAUGGAGGGGGACUUUGAUAACUGUGCGGUUUGCAUCGAGGGCUACAGAGCUAAUGACCUGGUCCGGGUCCUGCCCUGCAGGCAUGUGUUCCACAAGCACUGUGUGGACCCCUGGCUGCUGGAGCACCGUACGUGUCCCAUGUGUAAGAUGAACAUCCUGAAGGCCCUGGGGAUCCCGUCUAACGCAGACUGCCUGGACGAGAUUCCCCCGGACUACGAGACUUCCCUGGGCCCGCCCACCAACGCUGCUACAGGCGCCAGCGAUGUGACGGUGAACAACAGCUCCGUGGUGCUGGACCCAGCGGGGAGGGAGGGGGAGGCCGAGGGGGAGGCCGAGGGGGAGGCGGGGGAGGCCCUGGAAGCACAACACAUCUCUCGGGGUGAUUCAGACAGAUCCCUCAUAGUGGCCGAGGUGGGCAGGGCCGAGGUGGGCGUGUCCACCGCAGAGCUGUCCAUCCAGCUGCAGGAUCACCUGGUCAAGUCAUGAGCUAAUCACAGCCGAGCAGGAGGCACGGGUCACCGCGGAAACGAGGUUCCGGAGGAGCAGCUUUGGGGCGUGGAGCAGCUGACCCUCCCAGCGCAACACUCCCUUUCUAUCCCCACUGCAACACCCACCAACACAGAGGUUCCUCCAAGCUGCCAGGGUGGGCCGCCCGCACGCGACCUGCAACACCCCCCCCUCCUACUCCCCCUCCCCCCCACCCCCCUUAGUGGGGUUGCCAGGGAAACCAAGCAGCCCAACCACAGCUCCAGUAUUCGCUCCCAUGGGCGAGGCUUGUAGUUGUCGCUGUGGCGACCUCACGUGUUAAGCGCCAUGGAAACGUGACUGUUCCAGAUUUGUCUGUACAAGAGCACUGCCAACGUUCUCGAGAACACUAACACCGAGGGCCAAUCCACCUGGCUUCACUAACCCCAGAGGAAGACCCAUGUAGAGAUGAUAAAGUGAUUGAUCCAGUUGUGUUCUGUAGGAGUUUACAUCCGGUAUGUGUGUUCCCACCAGCAUUCUUAUCAAUUCCAAAUGACGAACUCCCAAAUAAUUGUCACGCUUGUGUUUCAUGU